AAUUGAAGUGGGUGGGCCAUCGAGCCGAGUGGCCCAAGUGGAUGAGCUGCCUGACCGCUGCUACCCAGCGAUCGCGGACCCCGACGCAGGUGGACCAUGUGGACGUUGGUGAGCUGGGUGGCCUUAGUGACAGGGCUGGUGGCUGGAACACAGUGCCCAGACGGUCAGCUCUGCCCUGUGGCCUGCUGCCUGGACCCGAAUGGAGCCACCUACAGCUGCUGCAAUCCCGUUCCGGACCAGCGGCCGUCUGUGCUGAGCCAGCGUCUGGGCCGACCCUGCCAGGCCGAUGGCCACUGUGCUCCUGGCUACUCCUGCAUCCUCACUGCCUCGGGGACCUCCAGCUGCUGCCCGUUCUCAGAGGCUGUGUCAUGUGGGGAUGGCCGCCACUGUUGCCCCCGGGGCUUCCACUGCAGCGCUGACGGGAGGUCCUGCUUCCAAAGAUCAGAUACCAAGCCCCUGGAUGCCGUCCAGUGCCCCGACAAACAGUUCCAGUGCCCCAACUCCUCCACGUGCUGCACCAUGCCUGAUGGCUCCUGGGGAUGCUGCCCCAUGCCCCAGGCUUCUUGCUGUGAAGACAAGAUACACUGCUGCCCCCAUGGCACGUCCUGUGACCUGGCUCGUGGCCGCUGUCUCUCGGCCAUAGGCACCCACCCCCUGGCUAAGAAGAUGCCUGCACACAAGACUAAAAGUUCAGUGAUCUUAUGCCCAGAUGGACAGUCCCAGUGCCCCGAUGGUUCUACCUGCUGCAAGCUUCCCACUGGAAAGUAUGGGUGCUGCCCGAUGCCCAAUGCCAUCUGCUGCUCCGAUCACCUGCACUGCUGCCCCCAGAACAGUGUGUGUGACCUGACCCAGAGUAAGUGCCUCUCCAAGGAGAACACUACGGACCUCCUCACCAAGCUGCCCGCACACACAGUGCAGGAUGUCAAGUGCGACAUGGAGGUGAGCUGCCCAGACGACUACACUUGCUGCCGCCUACAGUCCGGGGCCUGGGGCUGCUGCCCUUUUGUGCAGGCCGUGUGCUGUGAGGACCACGUGCACUGCUGCCCGUCCGGGUUUAGGUGUGACACAGAGAAGGGUGUGUGUCAACAGGGGACCCGCCGGGUGCCGUGGAUGGAGAAAGCCCCAGCCCACCUCAGCCUGCCGGACCCCGGAGCCGUGGAGGGGGAUGUCCCCUGUGAUAACGUCACCAGCUGUCCUUCCUCCACUACCUGCUGUCGACUCACGUCUGGGGAGUGGGGCUGCUGUCCUGCCCCAGAGGCUGUCUGCUGCUCGGACCACCAGCACUGCUGCCCGAAGGGCUAUGCGUGUGCGGCUGGAGGGCACUGUAAGAGGGGGAACCAGGUGGUGACCGGACUGGACAAGGUGCCUGCCCGCAGGGCCUCCUCGUCCCACCCCAGAGACAUGGGCUGUGACCAGCACACCAGCUGCCCAGUGGGGCAGACCUGCUGCCCGAGUCUGAGGGGGGCCUGGGCCUGCUGUCAGUUGCCACACGCCGUGUGCUGUGAGGACCGCCAGCACUGCUGCCCGGCUGGCUACACCUGCAAUGUGAAGGCCCGAUCCUGUGAGAAGGAGGUGGACCCUGCACACCCUGCCCUCCGCCUGGCCAGCGGCCCUCUUGUGGGCGCGGGGAACGUGGAAUGUGGGGCGGGGCACUUCUGCCGUGAUAACCAGACCUGCUGCCCAGACAGCCAAGGGGGCUGGGCCUGCUGCCCCUACCGCCAGGGCACCUGUUGUGGGGACAGGCGUCACUGCUGUCCCAGUGGCUUCCGCUGCGGAGCCAAGGGGACCAAGUGCUUCCGUCGGGAGGCCCUGCGCUGGGACGCUCCUUGGAGGGACCCGACACCAAGACAGCUGCUGUAAGGAGGGCCUGAGGACUGACGACACUUGGCAGCCCUCAGGACCCUGCUCAGAGGGUCCCCACUGCUCAGGCCUCCCUAGCACCUCUCCCCCACCACAUUCUCCCAGACCCCCUUCUGAGUCCCCCAUCACCCUGGGAGGUGGGGCCUCAAUCUAAGGCCUCCCCUAUGCCAAGGUGAGGGGGGCUGUGGCAAAAGCCACGUUUCAAGCUGCCAUCCCCUCCCCCAAUUUCUGUCAACCCUGUGGCGAGGUGCUCUUCCUAUCCACGGGUGUGUGUGCGUGUGUGUGUGAGCGCGUGCGUAUGCGUGCUGCAAUAAAGUUUGUACACUUUCUUAA